UAUAUAAUGAUUCACAAACGCAUCAGAUACUGUACAAUACAGCCAUGUCAGUGUAAGAGCUCAGCUUCAGCUCAGCAUGUUGUCGUUUUUCUGGAGAAACGGGGUGGAGACGCCGGAGCCGCUUAAAGCAGAUAUGACAGGCUCCAUCCCGCCAUGGCUUCAGGGGACACUCUUGCGAAAUGGUCCUGGUCUGUUCUCAGUUGGUAACACUUCUUACAAGCACUGGUUUGAUGGAAUGGCACUCAUCCACAGUUUCACAUUUAAAGACGGGGAUGUAUUUUACAGAAGUAAAUUCUUGAAUAGUGAAACAUAUAAAAAGAACAUAGCUGCCAAUAGGAUCGUUGUGUCUGAAUUUGGAACCAUGGUUUAUCCAGAUCCCUGCAAGAAUAUAUUCUCCAAAGCCUUCAGUUACUUGAUGAACGCCAUUCCGGAUUUCACAGAUAAUAAUCUCAUAAACAUCAUAAAAUAUGGUGAAGAUUAUUACGCAUCAUCAGAAGUGAACUACAUAAACCAAAUUGACCCACUGACAUUAGAAACAUUAGGAAGAACUAACUACAGAAACCACAUUGCCAUUAACUUGGCAACUGCACACCCUCACUAUGAUGAAGAAGGGAACACGUACAACAUGGGCACUGCCAUCAUGAAUUUCGGAAGACCAAAAUAUGUUAUUUUCAAGGUGCCAGCCAAUGCCACAGAUAAAGAGAAGAAGCCAGCUCUUGCGAAGGUGGAACAAAUUUGCUCCAUUCCUUUCCGCUCCACCUUGUAUCCGAGCUACUUCCACAGCUUCGGCAUGACGGAGAACUACAUUAUCUUUGUAGAGCAGGCCUUCAAGCUGGAUAUCCUCAAACUGGCCACAGCUUACUUCAGGGAUGUCAACUGGGGCAGUUGCCUUAAAUUCGACAAAGAUGACAUUACACUGAUCCAUCUGGUCAGUAAGAGGACUGGGAAAACUGUGAGCACAAAGUACUACACAGACGCAUUUGUGGUCUUCCAUCACAUCAAUGCUUAUGAAGAAGAUGGACAUGUUGUCUUUGACUUGAUCACAUACCAGGACAGCAAUCUGUACGAUAUGUUCUACAUACACAACAUGAAGCAAGACGUUGACAAAUUUAUAGAGAACAACAAGGACUUCUCUAGACCAACAUGUCAACGGUUUGUCCUUCCUCUCAACAUAGACGAGGAAGCUCCACCAGACACCAACCUGGUGAAGUUACAGGACACAACAGCCACAGCAGUGCUGAAGCAGGACGGCUCCAUCUACUGCACCCCUGACACUAUUUUUGAGGGUUUAGAAUUGCCAGGGAUUAACUACAAAUUCAACAGUAAGAAGUACAGGUACUUCUAUGGCACCAGGGUGGAUUGGUCACCAUAUCCAAGCAAGAUUGCAAAAGUGGACAUAGCUACCAGGACACACCAAGUGUGGAUAGAGGAGGAAUGUUACCCGUCUGAGCCAGUGUUUGUGGCAUCUCCAGAUGCUGUUGAAGAAGAUGAGGGUGUUAUCCUGUCUUCUGUGGUUUCAUUCAAUCCCCAAAAGCCCCCUUUCCUGGUGGUCCUGGAUGCUAAGUCCUUUAAAGAGAUUGGUCGCGCUACCAUUGACACUGCUAUUCAUAUGGACCUGCAUGGGCUUUUCAUCCAUGAUAAAUCUACCUAAAAUGGACAUUAAAAUAAUCAAACAACUCAUUUUUAGGGAGUAGGAUUUAAAAAAAAAAAUCUUAUUUUCUUUUGUAAAGAUAUUUGAGAUUAAUCAAUAUUUUUCUUACAAAUCCUAUGCCAACAUUAUUUAUCAUCCUUACAUUAUUUUUUAUGAUAUGUUUAUAGACAUUCUGUAAAAAAAAGGGCUAUUGUUACAUAGUAACAUGAUUAUAUAAAAUGAUCUAUUCUUGAUUGUUUGUGACAAUUGAGUAGGUCUGAAGUAGAAAACAAAUAGCUUAAAGCUGUAGACUUUGUAAUUUAUUGUUCCUAAUAUAGCAUCAUAUAGUAAACCUAGCUUUAUACACUAUGAAAAUUGUUGGCUCUCAGAAAAAAAUGUAUUUUUAUGUUUCAUAUUUUUAAGUCAAUUUGUAAAAAAAAAAGGCAUCUGGUGACUGAAUUAUUAUGGUAAUUUGAUAGACAUCCUGUAAAACAGGCUAUUGUGAUAUAUGCGAUGUAAAUGACUCGUAAGAUCUCCUGAACUGUUCAUUGUAGUCAUAGCUUAAAGCUGUAAAACGUUUUUUUUUUUUUACACUUUUUGUGUAUAUUGUUGUGUCCCAAAAAAGAGAAGUUGCCAUUUUUAAGUUGUUUUCACAUUCAUGUUUAAUAUAUGAUAUUAGUCUCUUUAUGCAUUCUUUAACUACUGCUGAAUAUGUGAAUAUACAGUACAAUACAGUUUUUUUAGUUAUACAGUACUCUAUUUUACACACUGUAAAGUUCAAUUACAGUACAUUGGUAACCGUACAUGCUGCCAGUAACUUACUGUAAAAAUAAAGGAACAUUUUUAACAGUG